GCCAGGUGUCUGGUCAAGGACGAAUAAGAUCCCGAGGAUCAAAUUAACGGAAAUAUCGUAUUAAGCAAAAUCCUAGUACGAUAUAGUGGUGGAAAUCCGGUCUUCGUCCAAGCCACGGUAACGUCAAUUCUUCCAGUUAGAGAACUUUGUUAAUGGCCAAAUUAACGCCGUUUCAAAAACUUAAAAGAGCUGUGUCAAGACUUUCGGUAACAUCUGGCUCGAAAUUUAUUCAGCCUGAUUUUGAAGAUUCAGAUAUUGAAUUUAACGCUAACACGUAUAGACCAGAUUUCGUAUCAGAAUCGAGACCAGAUUUUGCAUCAGGAUCGAGCAAGAACUAUAAAAACAUUUCGCAAACUUCCCCGCCUUUGUUUUAUUCUAAUGAUGAUUUAAAUUUCAACUAUCCAUUGGUGGUACUAAAUCGACACGAGGCAUCUUCAUCCCAGGCGGCUUCCUUCGGAAGGACAUUUCCGCCCUUCGAUAGACACGAAAUCAGCAGAGUCCCGGACCCGUCGGACGCACACAACGCUACGGACGGAUAUAACGCUCCGAACGCAAACAACAUCAGCAACGGAUCCAACGCCCCGGACCUUUCGGACGCACAUAACGCCCAAAACCUUCCGAGCGCACAUAACUUCAAGGACGGAUUCAACGCCCCGGACCCUUCGGACGCACACAACGCCCCGAACGCAUCUCAGGCCUCCAAGACAAGCAACCCACCGCAGAACCUAACUCGAACCAGCCAGGAAUUUGUAAUACCAGAAAAUACGGCUGCCAACUCACAGACAGCAGGUAGAAACUCAUUUUUCUCUACCUUUAGAAUGUCUUCUAACAUUAAAUUAGACAAAUUUAAAGGAGAUGGCUCUCAGGACGUAAAUGCAUGUUUUGGGCAAUGGGCAAAAUUUCAUGAUUUGCCUGAUUCUAAAAUUAUUGAUGCUUUUCCGUUUUAUUUAGAGGGGCAUGCAAAAAUUUGGUAUGAAUUAAAUUAG